UCCACAAACUAUUUUGUAUUUCAUUCACAAGCCUCAGCUUUGUCACCUAAUAGAAAUUUGCUUUGUUGUUGAAGCUGAGGAUAUUUUUAUUCCUUCAUCACUCUAUGUCCAAAUCUUCUGAUUUAAAUUCAUUUAAGAGUUACCUAUUUUAGUGAUUCGUUUAUCAGCAGGAAGUCGCUGUUAUUAGAAAAUUAUUCAAGAAAGCCUGAGAAGUCUGGAAAAGUUGCUUUUUUUUCCAUAGGUGUGAUUUUACCUAACACAUUGAGUUCUUAAAUCUAAGUCCCCCAAUUCUUGUACAAGGACGGUGGAUGAGGAACAAGAGAGGUGAAGAUGGCAGAAGUUGUGGAAGACUGCUAUUUCUAUUUUUAUUCCACGUGUACUAAGCAAACCUGCACCAUUUCUUGCUUUUGGGAAACUCAGCCAUUUGGUUGUGUGAAGAUUAAUUGUAUGUUUUUUCAUAGCAAACCUCGUAAUAUCAAUGGACUCUUUUUGCCACCGAGUAGCAAAAUUCCACCUGGGAGCAAAGCAGAAACAAGCAGUGGACCGGAUCAUGACUAUAUUCCGCCUUUAAAGGAAACUCUGGAAGGAAUUCUUUCCCCUACUGAAACCAAAGGACCUUUGAAAUCUCGAGAGAUUCUGGCAAGACCAAUCCAUCCUCCACUGGUUGUAACUAUCAAUUUUGGGGAUGAGGAAGAUGAAGAGGAGGAAGAGGAGGAAGAAGAGAAGGAGAAUGUUUCUUCUAAUUCAUGGAUGAGGUCUUCUGAGGAUAUUGAAGAAGAAAAGGCAAUAAAGGCAAUGUGUUAUAAAUCUGGUGAAUACUAUAGAUUCCACACUCCUCUAGAUGUCUCGGGAAUACUUGUGUCUUCUGUAGUCAAAAAAGACUUUGUGAAACCCUUGGAAACUGGCACUGAUUUGCAAGAAGGUGAUGGGCUUACCAUUCCUUCAAAGCUAAAUGCAUUUGAAAGGCAAGUGGAGAUUAAAGAAUCCCUGAAUGGAAAAUUAAGGACUGAACUCACUACUUUUAAGAAUGGAGGAGGUGACUGUUAUGCUCCACAAGGGAUCAUAUAUCUUGGAGUGGAUGAAAGUGAAACCUUAACCGAAGAAAAGGAAUUCAUUAUGUCAAAAAGUUCACAUUUUAAAGGGAGCAAAUCUUUCAAUAAGCGGGACAACAUCAGCAACAGCUAUCACCAGAAGCAUUCUAUGACUGCGAGAUCAGCAAAUACAACACAUGUACUAAAUGCUAAAGAAAAUACCAACACGAGAUACAAAGAGGAUCCCUCUUCAAGUGAGACGAAGAAGCCAAAGUCUUUUCUUUUGGGUGAAGCCAAAUUGGUGAAUAAUACUCAGCAAAUGAGGAAAUCUAACUUUAAAGGGGUGAAAAAAAAGAAAUGGUUUUAUGAGGAACCAAAGAACUCAUCUAAUCCAGGGACAAGAAAAGCAACACAGGUUCCAAAUCCCAAAAAUAAAAUGGGUUGCCAAGGAACUGAUAAAAGCAGGAAUUCUGAGAAUGCUUCCUUUACUCGUCUUCCAAGAGAAGUUGUCAGAAGUGUUCCAGGGAAUUCCUCAGCACAUGGCCAAUCGGGAAAUAGGACUUACAAUAAAGACAGGGAACCCAGAUUUGUUCAGUAUCCAGACAAAUAUUCCUCAACAUCAUCUAAUGCUCCAGGCUGGAAAAGAAGGAUGUCCUUUUCAAAAACAUAUGCCAAAAUGGACAAAAUAUAUUCAGGUAGCUAUAAUUUCUAUUGA